GUUGUCAUGGAGACACUGGUCUUGCAAACUGAGCAGCUGCCUCACCUUUUGGUGGCCUCUCGCUCAGGCCUGGUGCAAGGCUGGGAUCCCACAACCCUGACGCGAGUGUUGAGUUGGGCAUGCUUCUUCCGGCAGCUCCACAGCCGACUCCAGGCCCAGCCCAGCCUCUGGGACACUUUGAAGCAACAUUUGAGUCAGAGAGGCCUGGCCAGCUUCAAUCAGCUGAGGCGCGGCCCAGAGCUGCUAGGCCUGGCAUUAUUGGAGAAUUGGGCACUGCCCUCUGCCAGCCGCCAUCUCCUUCUCAAUGGCCUCUUUUUCCCUGCAGCUGACCAGGAAGAUUCAUUUGUGAAUCUUCUGGCAAGACGCAGAGCUGCCUCCCAACUUCUCCUUCAUCACUUGGGAUCUCCUUUCGGGCAAACAGUCAGUGUUGAGCAGCAAGAAACCCUACCGGUGAGAGUGCAGGCUCAGCUGCUGCUUUUACAGUUACAAGGUCAGGGAGAGAAUGACGGAGGCUGGAGUCAAUCUUCCUGGGCCCUCAUGGAUCAUUUGCAUUAUGGCCCCAUGUUCUACAGGGUAGUGGCUACAGCUCUGUUGGAGCCUGGCUGGGACGUGGAAGCCAAAGCAUUGCUGCUCCCUUGGCUGCUCCUGGGAGACCCAGCUCGCCUGUCAUCUUUUUGCCGCCUCUUGCCUGCACCAAGGUUGGCUUUGCUUUGCAGCUGUUAUCCCGAACUACUUGACCCCUAUUUAAGCAUCCUGUCUACCUGGGGAAGCUGCCUCAGUUACAACCCUGUAAAUGGGGAGUGGCAAACCAGUGGUCUAAAAGAGGAUGAAGUACCUUGGCAGGAGUUUCAGGAACAUGCCCUCUGUCUUUACCAGAAGCCAGAGCCACUGGGCAGUGCAGUCUGGUCCCAGCUGAAACAGCUAAAAGCCAGGGAUGGGGACUUCGAAGUCCGAGGUUUAAGUGUUUGGACUGACCUCCUACUCGACAUGGAGAUGCUUGUGAGUCGAAAUCUGGAAGACUUCUUUCCUCAUCUGCUGUGA